UCGGCUAUUUACGACUUAGUUCAAUUUAAGAAUCGCUAACCAUGGCUCGUUGGUCGGAUAGUCAAUUUACGGUUUGUUCCGAAGAUUCUUUUAUUAGUGGUGUUUAUUAUAAAAAGGACAACUCUAGUAGCCUUAAAGGACCAUUAAAAGCGGCCAGGCUAUGUAUUUUAAGUUUACUUGUGCCUGGUAUUUUGGUCAUUGCGCCAUUGUACAUUCGUUAUCAUGUCUAUUCUGAUCAUAAAUAUCCUUUAGCUAUUACUGAUAUGAGAAUAUUAGACCAAAAAAUGUCAACAUUUUGGUGCCAAAGUCAUAUAGUGAAUACUAAUGCCACUUUUAAUGCAUAUUUGAUGCCAGAAAAACCAUCUAUGUUACCAAAAAUGGAAUUUGUUGAAAUGGAAAGGCAUAUUACGUUAGAAGACGACAUUAAAGAAUAUUGGGGAUUUUAUCUACUUAAAGAUUCAAUCGUAAAAGUAUCUACAUGCUCAAGGUGGCCUGGGGCUAGUAUAAUAGUUAUUAAAGGACAUAAACAUCUAAAAGAAUGUGCUUAUAUAGGAGAUAAUUCUAGCGAAGAGAUUGAUGAAAUUGAAUCUUCCGAAGAAGGCAAUGAUACGCAUAUUCCAAAUUUUAUGAGGAAACUUACUUCUGGUAUGACUGUGCCCGAUAUGGCGCCUGACGUUGUCUACCUUACAAAUCAUCCAAAUGAUAAUAAUAUAAACCGCACAUAUUUUAAGAGAUCCAGUAAAACUGCCAAUCAUCAUUUAGAUUAUGCUGAAGAUUUAUACCAAAAAGAAAUGAAAGAAAAAAUUGAAAACGAGGAUUAUGUAGUUCACUCUGCAAAAUCUAAGCCCAUAUUCACAAACGUUAACGAAAUCAAUAAUAUACCUCAAUCAAAAGAAUUGAUCGAAGAAUCAUUAAGAAAAUUGGGAAAUCAAGGAAAAGACGGCGCGACACUUUUACGUAAAUUAAAAGAAGUUCUACAAAAUGAUCUAAACGAGCCAAUGAAUGACACAAAUAGACUUUAUCAAAUCAUUGAAAAUGCAAUGGCUGACGAUGAUACAUCAUGGCGUGGUCCUAGAUUGAGGCAUUAUCGCAGUAGAUUUAAGCGAUCCACUGUAAAUGAAAAAGAUCGGGACAAUUUGAGCAAGCAAUUAUUUGAGCAUGACCAACAAAACGAUGCGGCCAAUGAAGAGUCAUUUAUUCCGAAACCAUUUAAAUUAUUAGCAUAUAAGUUCAACAAGAUUGGCAUGAAUGCCGAAAAAGAAAUCAAUUGCAUUAUUUGA